CCUAGCCGGCCGGCCCCGCAAGCCGCGCUCGGGUCCCGCCGCAGUGGGCCGCGGGGGAUGGGCAGGCGGCGGCGGCCCCGCCUGCUGAGGGUUGGUCCUUGCCGGUCCUGGCCCUGAGCUGGAUCCGAGCCCUCCGCGCGCAAUCCCGGCGUCCGCCACGGCCCAGGUUAAAUGGAAACCAUCCUUGGGAGCUGGAUGCCUGUGUAGCCGUUUUAUCACAUCAGUGAAUUGCAAUGAGUGGAGGAGGAGAGCAGCCGGAUAUUCUCAGUGUUGGAAUCCUGGUCAAAGAAAGAUGGAAAGUGUUGAGGAAGAUUGGGGGUGGGGGCUUUGGAGAAAUUUACGAUGCCUUGGACAUGCUUACCAGGGAAAAUGUUGCACUGAAGGUAGAAUCAGCUCAACAACCAAAACAAGUUCUGAAAAUGGAGGUGGCUGUAUUGAAAAAACUACAAGGGAAAGACCAUGUUUGUAGAUUUAUUGGCUGUGGGAGGAAUGAUCGAUUCAACUAUGUGGUCAUGCAGUUACAGGGUCGGAAUCUGGCAGAUCUACGCCGUAGCCAGUCCCGGGGCACAUUCACCAUUAGCACUACUCUUCGGUUGGGUAGGCAGAUUCUGGAGUCUAUUGAGAGCAUCCAUUCUGUGGGAUUCUUGCAUCGAGACAUCAAACCGUCGAACUUCGCCAUGGGUCGCUUUCCUAGUACGUGUAGGAAAUGUUACAUGCUUGAUUUUGGCUUGGCUCGACAAUUUACCAAUUCCUGUGGUGACGUCAGACCACCUCGAGCUGUGGCAGGCUUUCGAGGGACAGUUCGUUAUGCAUCAAUCAAUGCUCAUCGAAACAGGGAAAUGGGAAGACAUGAUGACCUUUGGUCCUUAUUCUACAUGUUGGUGGAGUUUGUGGUUGGUCAGCUGCCUUGGAGAAAAAUAAAGGACAAGGAGCAAGUAGGCUCUAUUAAGGAGAGGUAUGACCACAGGCUUAUGUUGAAACAUCUUCCUCCAGAAUUUAGCAUCUUUUUGGAUCACAUCUCCUCUUUGGAUUAUUUUACAAAACCAGACUACCAGCUUCUGACAUCCGUGUUUGACAACAGCAUCAAAACCUUUGGAGUAAUUGAGAGUGACCCUUUUGACUGGGAGAAGACUGGAACUGAUGGCUCCCUAACAACCACCACUACUUCUACCACCCCUCAGUUGCACACUCGCUUGACCCCAGCAGCAAUUGGAAUUGCCAAUGCCACUCCCAUCCCAGGAGACUUGCUUCGGGAAAAUACAGAUGAAGUGUUUCCAGAUGAACAGCUUAGUGAUGGGGAGAAUGGCAUCCCUGUUGGUGUGUCACCAGAUAAAUUGCCUGGAUCUUUGGGACACCCACGUCCCCAGGAGAAGGAUGUCUGGGAAGAGAUGGAUGCCAACAGGAACAAAAUAAAGCUUGGGAUUUGUAAGGCUGCUACCGAAGAAGAGAACAGCCAUGGUCAAGUAAAUGGUAUUCUGAAUGCUCCAAGCCUUGGUUCACCAAUCCGUGUCCGCUCAGAGAUUACUCAGCCAGAUAGAGAUGUUCCAUUGGUGCGAAAGUUACGUUCCAUCCACAGCUUUGAGCUGGAAAAACGUCUGACACUGGAGCCAAAGCCAGAUACUGACAAGUUUCUUGAGACCUGCCUGGAGAAAAUGCAGAAAGAUUCCAGUGGAGGAAAGGAAUCUAUUCUCCCUGCUGUGCUUCAUAAGCCUUGUGUUCCUGCUGUGUCUCGUACUGACCAUAUCUGGCACUAUGAUGAAGAAUAUCUUCCAGAUGCUUCUAAGCCUGCCUCUGCCAACACCCCUGAACAGGCAGAUGGCGGUGCCAGCAAUGGAUUUAUAGCAGUUAACUUGAGCUCCUGCAAGCAGGAGGUUGAUUCCAAAGAAUGGGUGAUUGUGGACAAGGAGCAGGACCUUCGGGAUUUCAGGACAAAUGAGGCUUUAGGCCAUAAAACAACUGGAAGCCCUUCUGAUGAAGAGCCUGAAGUACUUCAAGUCCUGGAGGAAUCACCUCAAGAUGAGAAGCUUCUACUGGGUCCUUGGGCAGAAAGUGAUCAUUUAAAGAAAGAAACCUCAGGUGUGGUCUUAGUACUUUCUGGGGAGUGCCCUGCCACUGCUGCUUCAGAACAGUACACAGAUAGGCUAGAACUACAGGCUGGAGCUGCCAGCCAGUUUAUUACAGUGACGCCCACAAGUCCGAUGGAAGCGCAAGCGGAAGGACCCCUCACAGCGAUUACGAUUCCUAGGCCUUCUGUGGCAUCCACACAAUCAACUUCAGGAAGCUUUCACUAUGGUCAGCAGCCAGAGAAGAAAGACCUUCAGCCCUUGGAACCCACAGUGGAACUUUACUCUCCAAGGGAGAACUUCUCUGGCCUAGUUGUAACAGAGGGCGAACCUCCUAGUGGAGGAAGCAGAACAGACUUGGGGCUUCAGAUAGAUCAUAUUGGUCAUGACUUGUUACCCAAUAUUAGAGAGUGUAACAAAUCUCAAGAGCUGGGACCAAAAGACCUUCCUGACCAUAACAGACUGGCUAUGAGAGAAUUUGAGAGUCUCCCUAGGGAAACCGAAGAGAAAAGCAAUCUUCUAGGGUUGGAUAAUGAAGAUGAGAAGUUAAGCAAAGGGCAGCAUUAUAUUGAGAUCGCCUCCCUUCCAGGAGACUUGGUAACUGUGGAAAGGGAUCACUCAGCUACUACUGAACCUCUUGAUGUGACAAAGACACAGACUUUUAGUGUAGUGCCAAAUCAAGACAAAAAUCAGGAGAUAAUGAAGCUUCUGGCAGUCGGAACUUCAGAAAUUUCUCCACAAGUCAUUGACCCACACGUUGAAGGACAGAUAGGUCAGGUGGCAGCAAUGCAAAAAAGUAAGAUAUCUAAGGAUGAUGACAUCAGGAGUGAAGACUUGCCAGGUCAGCAGGGAGACCUGUCUACUUUUUUGCACCAAGAGGGUAAGAGGGAGAAAAUGGCCCCUAGAAAUGGAGAAUUAUUUCAUUGUGUUUCAGAGAGUGAACAUUGUCCCCCAUCCCGGAAGGAUAUGAUUAGGUCAUCCUUUGUAACUAGACACAGCCGAAUCCCUGUUUUAGCACAAGAGAUAGACUCAACUUUUGAGUCCUCCUCUCCAGUGUCUGCAAAAGAGAAGCUCCUCCAAAAGAAAGCUUAUCAGCCAGACCUAGUCAGGCUUCUGGUGGAAAAAAGGCAACUCAAGUCUUUCCUUGGGGACCUCUCAAGUGCCUCUGAUAAAUUGCUAGAGGAGAGACUAGCCGCUGUUCCAGCUCCCUUUUCUGAGGAGGAAGUCUUUGCUCCCUUUUCAAGACUGGCUGUGGAUUCACACCUGAGCAGAUCAGCCGAAGACAGCUUUCUGUCACCCAUCAUUUCCCAGUCCAGAAAGAGCAAAAUUCCACGGCCAGUUUCUUGGGUCAGCACAGAUCAAGUCAGCAGCGCAACUUCAACUCAGUUCUUGCCUCGGCCACCACCAGGAAAGCCACCCACGAGGCCUGGAGUAGAAGCCAGGCUCCGCAGAUACAAAGUCCUAGGAAGUAGCAAUUCCGACUCAGACCUUUUCUCCCGCCUGGCCCAGAUUCUUCAAAAUGGAUCUCAGAAAUCCCGGAGCACUACUCAGUGCAAGAGUCCAGGAUCCCCUCACAAUCCAAAAACACCACCCAAGAGUCCAGUUGUCCCUCGCAGGAGUCCCAGUGCCUCUCCUCGAAGCUCUUCCUUGCCUCGCACAUCCAGUUCCUCACCAUCCAGGGCUGGACGGCCCCACCAUGACCAGAGGAGUUCAUCCCCGCAUCUGGGGAGAAGCAAGUCACCUCCCAGCCACUCAGGAUCUUCCUCUUCCAGGAGGUCCUGCCAACAGGAGCAUUGCAAACCCAGCAAGAAUGGCCUGAAAGGAUCCAGCAGCCUCCACCACCACUCGGCCAGCACUAAAGCCCCCCCGGGGAAGAGUAAGUCAGCCACUAAACUCAGCAGAUAGGAGCCGGGCUGCAUCUCUGUGAAAGGUGUGAGAUCUUCCUCCUAAACCUGAUGCAUGUGUGUCCCUGUACUGUCUAUUUAAAAAAAAAAUCAGUGUUGAUCUUCUCUUGCAAAAGAAAGUAACAUGAUAAAUUAUUUAUAAGAAGACAUAAAUAUAUGAUAAGGAAUUACCUAAGGCAGGCAGCAAGCAGAUCAGGAAUCAAUGCCUUUGCAUAAGAAGGGGCAAUCCAGCAAAAUCCAAGGGGAAGAUUAAAUGAUUUCUCAUUUUUUAGCUGCCUUUGAAACAAAAAAGUUGAAGUAAGAAAUGGAAUGGAAUUUUAAGGGGUUUGGCCUGUUUUUUUUUUAAGGCAUUCCUCAAAGAUAUUAUAGCAAAAGCGAAACUUCUUGUUUUAUUAUUUUCAUUCAAAACUUCCCAACCUUGGAGAGUCAGAAUUGCUCUAAUAUGAGGGUAUAUAACAAGUCUGACGCUGGGGAGCCAGUGCUCCUAUACUUGUGGCUUGUGUGUUUGAGAGUUCACACCUUUUACUACCCUCCCUGGAUUUCUGUUUUUAAAGUUAGUAUAUCUCCCCUGAUGCAAUCUCCUUUCUCUUAUUUUAACAAUACAUUCUAAUAUGCUUUUAGCAGCACAUGCUGAGAAUUUCAAAUCCAGUUGUUUGGUGGAUUUUUUUUUUUUUUUGGUGUGUGUGUGUGUGUGUGUGUGUGUGUGUGUGUGUCCUAAUAUUUUUCUGUGGAGCAGAAAAAAAGAACAGUUAACAGUUUUUAACUCAGUAUAUUUUUAUUGUGAAAAAGAACUACUGAAACUUAGGUAAAGGAAGAAGUGUAAGCAGAGCUUACUGUGCAGGCAUUACUGCUUUAAGGACAGGGACAGAGUGGGGCAAACACCGUUUAAGACAAAAGAAUCUUCUUCCCCUUUGUCUCGUCCUUGUGGAAGGAAGACCAACCAGAGUAGACCUUGCUUUCUUAGGUCUUCUAGAUACUGACUAUUUCCAAUAGCAACCUCCAAGAUGAUACCAGGGAAGUACAAUGCUGUGGAAUGUGACUUUAUGCUCUUAGAGAUUUAGAAAGAAAAAUAGAAAGAAAUUAGGUACGUUGUUGAGGCUGAUGAUCCUCAAACUUUGUAUUUUAUACAUUUAGCCAAUAAGGAAUGAGUAUCUGGGGAAAUAAAUUUAGGCUCAAUAUUUAUCUUUUAAUGUUUUAUUACCUGCUUCUCCUGUGCUUUAGUUUGAAUAUUUGGGCUUUUGGACCUGAUUUCCUUGUAACCUCAAUUUAUAAAGCUACGAGGAGGUGCAUAUUUGUUCUAAUUUCACUCUUCUGCUACCAGAAAUCAGACAAAAGUAAAUGAUGCUAGAUUUUUCAAAUGGGCUCUUUUCUACUCUGUAGGCGUUUUGUGUUGUAGAGACCUUAUUGAGGUCAGGUAAAUCAGUCUGCUUGCUGUUGAAAUUUGCCUUCUAGCAAACAUCUGUGCUUUCUCUUUGACCUUGUGUUUGCUGCCAAACCUAAUAUGGUUGAAUUGGAAAACAGAAAAAACAAAACAAACAAAAAACAACAACAAAAAAGAAAAGUAUAUUUCCUCACCAAGUGAAUACAUUCUAAUGCUGCAUCAAAGCUGCCCUGAAGCUGCACUGAACUUAUCUCGUUCUCUUUAUCUGUGUUGAGCUUUUUUAAAAACAAAAAACGAAACUCAAAACACUAUUGAGUCCUAUAUGAUCUCAUAAGAAAAUGUAGCAUAGUGUGGAAUCUUAAUUUCUCUCCGGUUUCAAGCACUACAGAGGAAUGCCAUAGAUAAGAUAUAUUUGCUGUUUAACUAAAGCAACUGUAAUAUUGGAAGACCGGUCAUUCUGUAUUAUAUUGUACAAUAGUUGCUGUAACACUACUUGCAUGUCUUCAUGGUAAAUGAUAUAAAUAUUUAUAAAUAUAUAGAGAAGCAUAUGCUUAUAUAAACUCAUUCUUUCUCAUUCUCCAUUUGUAAUUUCAAGAUCACAGAUGGUGAAAUUCCUUUUUGUGUGCCUCGUGUACACUUGGGCCUUGCCUGUCUUCAUUUUCUGAAAAUAUGCUCUUGGCAUGGGACACUUCAGAUUCUUCUUGCCUUCUUUGUGUAUAAUGCAAGGGUUGGCAGCCUUCAAGCCAAGAUAUGUUAUUUAAUUUUCACUUUUAAAAGAUUUUAAUAGGGGAAAAAAUUACCGGUAUGUGCUUGUAAUACUGGCUCAAAAAUUUGUCAUGUUAAUCUCAUAAUUCUGUCCUUACGGUUAAAGAGGAUAAACUGGGAUGAUAAUCAUGGGUCUGACAUAAAUUGGUAUAAAGAAAAAAUCUCUUAAAAAUUGCGAUUUUACAUUCUUUUCACCUCACUAUUUUUUGGAUGGUGGGGGAGUGGAGUAAUCUACAGUUAAAGAAUUAUCUUCUUUUUUUGUUGUAUUGGCGAAAUUGUACUAAAAGUAGCCAGCUUUUAUCACAACUUUUAUCUUGACCCCUGUCCUGAGAAAUGUGCCCGUCAUAACCAUUGGAAAAACAGAUGAGGCUAUAAUUGUGGUAUGUGUCUUUUUCUUUUUGGUAUUUCUCUUCUAGUGGUCAAAACAGGCAGCGAUGGCAACAUGGCAAUUGGGUGUUUUCUCUCUCUUGGUUUCUUUUGUCUUUCUCCCAACUCCGCCACUACAUUGUCCCCUUUUCUAAAUAGCACUGGUGAACUCCAGAUCCAGAGAGAAAUAGCCUCAGUGUAUAAGAAUACUUUAUUUUGCAAAUAGAGGAAAGAGUUAACCAAAGAUGUUUCUGCUCGGAUGCUUUCAAAAGAAAACAGACUUGUUAUAUCAAAUGUAUCAAUAGGUCCACUUAAAAGUACUAUCUUAUAUAGAGAUUUACUUUAUGGUUUUUAAAAGCAUAGUUUGUGCUUUUUGAUGUUCAGUGUCUCAGGCUUAAAAGAGAAGUCGGCAGUCCUGAGCAAAAAAUAUUUUUGGCACAGGAUUUUUGGUUUUGCUUUAUUUUAAGGUAUGAUACACGGAAUGAGUUGGUUAUUUAUUUAUUGUUGUUGUUUUAGUUCCUUAUUUUUCUAAUUUAUUUUGAGUUUUUUUUAGUAUGGCAUAUUUCAGAUUUCAGUGACAAGCAUGGAUCAUCCAAGUAAUUAUAAACCAGUUGGGUUAUUUUACCUAAGGUGAGGGACAUGGCCACUAAUUAAAGCCAAGCCAGACUAUACUCUAUAAAAGUAGCAUGGGGCAAAAGUUAAAAUAAUCUUUUGAAAAUCAAGUGCCUCCUGGUUUCUCUUCUCAUGAAAAAAUGACAACCCUAGUCCUACUUGCCCUCCCCUCUCCUCUACCAUGUCUAGUUUCUGGAAUUACUUGGAUGGAGUAGAAAAUGGAUUAGCACGGGCUCAGCCCCUGUAGAUAGCAUUCUUCUUACAUUAUGCUGCCAUAUCUCCAGGGUAUACAGAUUGGCUAAAAUAUUAAAAUUUCAUCUUUUACACAGCAUAAAGGCAUUUAACUUUAAUGUAUAGUGAACAAAGGCAAAUUGGGUCAUAUCAAAUGUAACCUUAAAGCACAGACUGUAAACAUCUUUGAAUGUGGUAGGUCUCAGGCAAGCGCUGUCAUUCCCACCUUGGUGUGCAGGCUGGCUUUGCGGACAAGGGCACCAGCACAUUUGUGUUUCUUAAGUUGCAUGUUGGGAAGUGAAUGUUUUUUCGUAAAAGUUGCCAAGUCAUUCCAGUCCUGAAUAAGUAGCAAAAUGAUAAUUGAUACCCACUGUUGUCAUUAUCCACUUUGUAUUAUUUGCUUUAAAAUACUAAGCAAAUCCCAGCUGCUUCCUGAGUCGGUGGACUAGUACAGUAUCUCUUUCUAUCCAGCUCCUAGCCACUAGGGGAACUUGAGGUUCUUUGGUAAUCAUCAGAGGUUCCUUCCAGGCCACAGAUUUUUAUGCAAAUGUUUCUAUGGUUGCAUUCAAUCUACAAGGAAAAAGUGUACUUAGUGCAUGUUUUAUAAACCCACGCGCAGAUAGUUAAAACUAUAAUUAGUUUUUCUAUACCCGAUAGCUUUGAGUUAAAAACAGAUGCUUUUUUCCCCCAGAGGAUUCUUUGUUCUGCGAACUACAUUAUUAAUCUAACAUUAGGAAUUGGUGAUAGGAGAAACAGGAUCCGGAAUUCAGAGUUCAGUGGCUUAGGGAAAAAAAAAUGCAUCUUAUUCUGGCCAUUUGAAUAUAAAUUUGUAGGUAAGUCUAGAUUUAGUCUUGGAGAUCAAAGUUUUCACAUUUAAAACUUUUUUCAUGCCUUUAUAUCUAUCAAAACAUGGUGUAUGUUAGGGAAUCAUUUUUUCUGUCAUGUUCAUGUAUUUUGGAAUGAAGUUGUUUGCAGUCACUCUUUUAUAUUCUGCCCACUUCUGUUUAUGAGCAUUUACCACAGAUGUGUUGGGACUUUGCCUAAAGGGAGGCAGAUUUUGGCACCUGUAUCACUGAGGAGAGAGAGACUGGUUGGUGACAGGGCAUUGUUCAACUUUCUUAAGUUUGGGUCUGUACAGUUUGUGUUUUAACACAAAAAGUAUUACAGGAUUGAGGCAUAUAACCACUACGGUAGUCCCCACAUGUCAAUAUUCACCCGAGUUCCAGGUGCAGAUUUAGACCUUAACUUAGAGAAGGGAACAUGCAGCAGCUGCGGUCCUCAGACCACAUAGGAGGACAUGGUACAUGGAAGCCCCCAGGUGGUGGUGAGGACCUCCCACUUCCCUGCCCCCAUCCAGUAGAACUCUAGUGUACACCUUGAAGAUGGGAGGGGAGUGUGGAAACAUCAUAUCAUUGGAUUUUUUCAAUCAUUUGGUUGCCCCUUUGGCAUUAGGAGAACGUUUAACCCAGAUAGUCUUAGGGGCCUACAAAUUCAGUUGCCAACAGUGCGAGGGAGAGCUGCAGGAAGUAUAUAGGGAAUUCCUAUAGUUCUUAGGUAAAUCCAGGGCAUAGGACAAGGAUCCCUAUUAAUUUGAAGGGGAAUUUGGAUGCUGCACACCUCAGUCCCUAAGAAAUCCUUGGCUGGACAUGAAAUGAUGACAGUAGAGUCUUGGCCCAUCAGUACAUUGUCUGAGUUGUAAUGAUUAUUUGCUCUGACUUUGAAAAUAUAAGCUUGCUGUUUAAUUAUUCCCCUUGAGCAAAUUUGUUGGUCAGAAUAUGAAAGUAUGUGACAAGAUCAAGGUAACUUUGUAGUUAUUAUACACAAUCUCAAAAAACUGAAUAACCAACAAGUAACAUUUAGUAAUGAUUUGAAUAGUUCCUUACAUUUUGCUGGAUCUUUGGUCUAAGGAGACAUGUAAAGGAAAUGAGGCCUUUUUUUCAUUACCCUGUGAAACUUUAAGAGUCUGCCUGUUAAAUUGGAAGUAACAGUAUGGGCAUAGUAUGUAUUGCUGGUGAUGCUGACAUGUCUCUUCGGUACCCCUGGGCCAGAGGUUCUGGGUUCCUUGACCUAUAGAAUAGGAUUCCAUGAGGCAGAUAUUUGAAUCUAUGUGACUAGAGAAUUUUCCCAUGGCAUAAUUUUACAUACUAAUGAUGGAUAGGAAUUUUACCCCUCUUUUCAGUAGUUUAAUACCAUUUCAUAUUAUGUACAGAAGUGUUCACUCACCCAGCAAAGAACAUGGAGUAAACCCAAGUUUUUAAUAUACACUCUCCUUGCCAUAUGAUCCUUUCUACCCGCUUUACAGUACACAGUUUAAAAUCAUUAAAAAUUCAUUCACAGCAUUUCCCCAUAUUUGGAAUCUGGGUCUUGUUCUUCACUUACAGGGAUAAAUAAGGUGACCAGAGCUUGAAUGUGAUUUAUUUUAGGGAAUGACCCAGGGAGGGGAAAGCCCUUAGGACUUUUCAAAACUAUUUUCUUUUUAAACGAUUCACAAGAUAGAUAAAUUAGUUCACUAAGGUAAAAAGCAUUCAGAAAUACAGUUAGGAAGAUGAGGUAAACAACACUCCUGCCUCUUGGGGCUCUGAAAUUGGAUUGAGUGAAUUGAAGAAAGAAGAGAACUGAUUAGACGACUGAUGCUUGAACCCACACACUCCUCUCUCCUGCACAGCUCCUGUCCCCCUCCUGACUCCAUUCCUAAAAUUGCCAAGUGCUGAUUCAAUUGGGCCAUUUAUUUACCAGUUUGCAGCUUUUAGGAAGAAAGAGGGACGGGGAGACAUCUAGUUUUGACUUAGGUAUAAUUCUUGAAAGUAAUGAACUGUUGGCAGCUGUUAACAUCGAUUGAACCACAAACCAGAAGAAUUCUCUUGUCGAGCAAGACCAUUAAGUUAGAAUAGAGGACUUUAAUAAUCCCAAGGUUUUCUCCCUUUCUCCUCCUCUUCAUGAAACCAGAGUGAUGAGAAGUUGCUCUUUGAAAUACUUCCAAAGGUAUUGUAUUGUCCUUUUCCCUCCAAGCAGCCCUCUUUAUGCAUUUUUGCUCAGGCAACCAAGGACAUAAGAGUAUUGGCAGAAACAUGGAGUGCUUUUGUAUAGGCCAUCUGUACAUAAAAGUGUAAUUAUUUAUUUAAUUUCCCCAUUUGUAUCAUAUUAAAGCUUUGUACAGUGUUUUAAGUUCUGUUUUAAAAUUAUUUUGUAUUUUAUUUUUAUAAUCUAGUAAUAAAAUAUUCAUUCCGCAUGCACACUCUA